UGGAGGAAUUAGAAAGCAGAACCACGAAGGAAAUAAUAAGAGUACUGGAGAAAGUAUGGUACACGUGGGGAGGCAUCGAUGAACUAGUGAGUGACAACGGAAAAGAACUGGUAAGUAAGAGCGUAGAGCACUGGCUGUGGGAUAAUGGAAUCAAGCACAGAAUAAUAAGUACAGAAGAAACAGCACGGAUGAAGUGCUGGUUAAGGAUUAGUAGUAAAGCACUGUAA